UGCCCUCCUCUGGCUGGGAGGUGUUAGCAGCAUUACCCAAGGCUCCCCGGAGUAACUGGAAUCGUUUCUGCCGGAGGAGACGCUCCACAGCCUGGGCUCUGUGCACCUGGGGUGGCAGCAGCCGGAGUGAGCGUGGGGGUUCUGGAACAUCCACCUGUCCUGCCUUGUUUCUGAGUUAAAGGAAAGAAGUUGAGGCCUGAAGAGCUACGAUGGCGGUCAACAAGGGCCCCACCUUGCUGGAUGGAGAGCUCCCCGAACAGGAGAACGUGCUCCAGCGCGUCCUGCAGCUGCCAGUGGUGAGCGGCACCUGUGAGUGCUUCCAGAAGACCUACACCAGCACCAAGGAAGCCCACCCGCUGGUGGCCUCUGUGUGCAAUGCCUACGAGAAGGGCGUGCAGGGCGCCAGCAGCCUGGCAGCCUGGAGCAUGGAGCCCGUGGUCCGCAGGCUGUCCACCCAGUUCACGGCUGCCAACGAGCUGGCCUGCCGAGGCCUGGACCACCUGGAAGAAAAGAUCCCAGCCCUCCAGUACCCUCCUGAGAAGAUCGCCUCUGAGCUGAAGGACACCAUCUCUACCCGUCUCCGAAGUGCCAGGAACAGCAUCAGCGUGCCCAUCGCCAGCACUUCGGACAAGGUCCUGGGGGCCGCUCUGUCCAGCUGUGAGCGUGCCUGGGGGGUAGCCAGAGACACUGCCGAGUAUGCCACCCACACCCGAGCUGGCCGGCUGGCCUCUGGAGGUGCCGACUUGGCCCUGAGUGGUGUUGAGAAGGUGGUAGAGUUCCUCCUCCCUCCAGCCAAGGAAGAUUCAGCCUCUGCUCCAGGGCAUCAGCAGGCCCAGAAGCCUCUCAAGGCCCAGCAGAGCCUCGUGAGCAGGGUUGGGGCCCUGGCCAACACCCUCUCUCGACACACCUUCCAGACCACAGCGCAGGCGCUGAAGCAGGGCCACGCCCUGGCCAUGUGGAUCCCGGGUGUGGCACCCCUGAGCAGCCUGGCCCAGUGGGGUGCCUCAGCCGCUGUGCAGGUGCUGUCCCGGCGGCAGAGUGAGGUGCGUGUGCCCUGGCUGCACCACCGCACGGCCUCCCAGGAGGAGGACCGCGAGGACCAGACGGACACAGAGGGGGAGGAGACGGAGGACGAGGAAUCAGAGAUGGAGGAGAACAAGCUCAGCGAGGUGGCAGCCCUGCCCAGACCGCAAGGCCUCCUGGGCAGUGUGGCGCACACGCUGCAGAAGGCCCUCCAGAGCACCAUCGCCGCGGUGACCUGGGCACCGUCGGCUGUGCUGGGCACGGCAGUGAGGGUGCUGCACCUCACGCCGGCCCACGCUGUCUCCUCCACCAAGGGGAGAGCCAUGUCCCUUUCAGAUGCCCUGAAGGGUGUUACUGACAACGUGGUGGACACGGUGGUGCACUACGUGCCGCUCCCCAGGCUGUCGCUGAUGGAGCCCGAGAGCGAAUUCCGGGACAUCGACAACCCGCCGGCCGAGGCCGAGGGCCGGGAUGAGGAGCGCAGGGCGUCCGCAGCGCCGCCCGCCAGCCCCGAGCCCGCUUCGCGCCCCGCGCCGCCCCGCGGCGGCCUGCGCAGCGCGCGGGGCCCGGGGCCCGACGGCAGGGGGGAAGGGCCCGCCGCGCCCCGCGCCGCCUUCCCGGCCGGGCCCCGCGAGAAGCCGGCGCGCCGGGUCAGCGACAGCUUCUUCCGGCCCAGCGUCAUGGAGCCCAUCCUGGGCCGCGCGCAGUACAGCCAGCUGCGCAAGAAGAGCUGAGCCGCCCGGCAGACGGAACCCUCCCGUCCAGGGGAGCGCUGGCUUCUGCAAAGUCGUCGCCUUGGCCCGAGCCCCGUUCCCCCCGUGCCUCUCAGGCGCGCGGCACCUGUAGCAUCCUCUCUGGGCUCCGCUGUCAGAGCCCAUUUUUAAGAAGCAUCAGGGCAGCAUCCGCUUUGAUUGUAUGCUUUGUUUUUUUUACCAAAAGAUUGACUAACUUAAUCUCUCGCUUCUCUAACCAAAGUUGUGGCCAGAUGACAAAUUUGACUGCUUCAAAAACUUAGGUCCUUUCUCUGUAGACAGGUAUUUGCCACCAGUGAGUAACGUGUGUCCACUCUAAGGGUCCCACGGGAGGUCCCGACACACUUUUUAAACCUCAGGGGUUUUUUAAAGCUCAGGGGUUCCCCAAAUUAUCCCGGCUGUCGCCCGACUGCUCUGAAAGAACAACAGUCAGAUGCAGCAGCUCUUGUGUGUUCAUGGAAACUAUCAGCGUCACUUUCUGAGAUCCCGGUGCCCUCCACAGGCGGGGCCCGGCCUGUGCUCUGUAGCGCCGCCUUCUGGCCCGUAGCAUCCUCACUGCCUUCCACCCGCGUAGUCCCCCUUCGUUCGUCUUUUGAUUGCCGGCGCCCCAGUGCUGGGGACAGCAGUGACCGUUCACCUUACAAAGCCUAUCCUGUAUAGACCGUAUGUAUGGGCUCUAUAGGCACAGUUCAUUUCAAGCCCCACUUUUUAAAAUUCUAACAUUUGGUAAAUCUAGGAAUUGCAUACCUAUCAGUUUAAAACUUGUGUGUCUUCCUCCCUGAGUUCCCGGCUUCCCCUUCACAGAAACAACCAAGAUGGCAGGCUCUUGUAUAUCCUCCCGGUUACCGGCUGUGCGUGUGCAAGUACGUGUGUAUAUACUCUCCACUUUGUGUACACAAGCUGUGGGCUGUUAUACUGCUUUCUUAUUUAACAAUACAUCUUAGAGAUCUUUUUGUAUCUGCA